AUGAAAUUCGUGGUGUUUUUGCUGUUUUAUUUUGCCGUCCUAACUUACGCGCAAAAUCAGAAUUGCCGAAUAGAUCGGCUAUCUGCUGAAUAUUUUUCAACCGACACUCCGUAUCGAAAUUUUAGUAGCAGAAGACUAGGCGGUUUUACGGUGCCAGAUGAUGGCUAUGCGUUCGCUUUUCAAUUCUAUCGAUUUGCCCUCGGGCCGAACGAUUGUCUGUAUUUUUGCCCGAUUGACGAUAUGGAAAAAUGUUUGAACCUGAACCAAGCCGAUCUCAAAGGCAAGAAAUGCGGAAGUGAAAUGGAUCACAGGCGAGCGACACAUUACUAUGACUUGGCCACCAGCUGUUUCCUGUAUUUUGUUGGCCAAGCCUCGAACAUCAGCUAUCCAGGCCUAUCUGGGCGUGUUUUUAAGAUCGAAAAAUCUACUCAAAUUUACAAUACUCCAGUACCGUGCGUGGAUCUGGAUGAUUAUAAUGUUUAUUGGACAUUGUCGUCGGAUCAUUUUUCGCUUGGACUGCCAUCAAACGUUUAUGCAAAAUCCGAUGCUAGCGGAACUACGAGAUUAUACACUCAACUAUUUUCAAAUUUACGCGUAACAAUCUAUGCCCUAUCGACAAGCUCGAAACAACCGGUCACCUUUUCUGGAAUUUCUGCUGAAACUGGACAGAAUGUAUCGAUUGGUUUAAGUGACGUCUCCGACCCGAUGGCCUUGCAUUUCAAGGGGGAGUUGUCAAUUAGCUAUGCCCAAACGACGGAUACUUUUUAUUACUAUCACAUGCUGGUCUCGAGGUAUAAUGAUACGUCAACUUUUCAAAGUUGUCCUAAUAACGGGGUGAUCGAUAUGAGCAAGCAGAAUCGGCUUCAGAUAUCGGGAAUCGGUGGUGGGCAGGAGGGUUAUGAAGCCAACACAAAAUGCCACUGGACCUUCACCAACGCACCCCCAAAUUCGCAAGUAAUGCUAAAAAUCGAUAGUUUCACGGAGAAAGCUGCGGAUAAGGUGACGAUAACUGGGACCAGUGCUAAGUCCCUCGGCUUCAGCGGCUACUACUCCAAUUGGCUCAUCUACGGUGAUAGGAAGCAAAAUAAUUUGGAAGUGGAUUUCCAGAGCGAUGCCGUUGAAGAAUAUACCAAAAUGACAAUUGAUGCGGCGGUAGUAGAUUGUUCUUGUCCUCCAAACCAAAUCAACAUUACCACAGCGGAGGCAAUGAAUCUUACUAUUGGAUUUAAUGAAGACUAUCCAUACUGUAGCGGCCUGGUUUGCCAGUGGACCAUCCAGCUUUUCUCGGAAUAUAAUUUGCUCCUGGAAAUCAGACCCACCGACAUUGCCUUGCUCUCCCGAGCCGACUCGUUCAAGGCGGUGGCCACAAAUGAUAACUCCAGCUCGGAAAAGCCGAUCAACCUCCAAACCGGGGUACCCGUGCAUUUACUGGAUCGAUACGCCAAAUUCACAUUCAAUGCAUCGGCAGCUUCGUAUUCUACUGCGGCAAAUUUGGGCAUUGCCGGGAUUGUCCUUAACGUCAAGCCGAUUCCGUUCGCCUCUUUCCGCGCCUACAAGUGGGAGUUCGACUCGCAGCACCAGAUCCGACACAUCUCCGGCGCCGCCCUGGACAAGCCAUACGCCGCGGCCCACUACAGUUGCAACUCCGGCCACCAAGUGGUCCUUUUGACCAUAUACGGCCCUUCCGCCGGCUUCCUGGUGCGAUGGGAGUCUGAUGGGCAGAAUUUGGAGCAGCAGAUCGAGGAGGCGUUCAACACAACCGGCGCCUACCCUAUCCAAAUUUCCACCAAUAGCCUGACCCUAUUAAUGGUUCGAACCGAGGACGGAGGCUCCGAAUAUAACGCGCUGGUUUCAGUAGAUCCGAACGUUCGUCUCGUGAGCAAUAUGGAUCUGGGUUGCGGGGCCACGCACCCCUCCGCGAUCAUUCCGAUGGACAAGCAAACUACCAUUUUCUAUCAAGAUUUUUCGGAUAACACGGGCGUUGAUGGGCUGAGUUUAAGUUAUAACGGGAAUCCUGAUUUUGUGCUGUAUCGCGGACCAUCUACUCGCGAUGAGGACCAGGUUUAUGGCAGUGGCUUUUCCUGUGAACCUACAAAUUGGCAGUUAGGGCCCCCAAAGUUUGUUUUCGGCCGUUUCAUCACGGUGAUCAGUAACAAAGUUGAUGCUAAUAGCUCGAUAAGUGUGUUCUGUGGAAGUAAGGAAAAAUCUCUGUGGGUGACGACGUUCACCACAUCGAAUGGGGUUCUGAUGUCGCCAAGAUACUCCCUGCCUUCCGACGCCGCGAUGCGGUCCUACAGCUUUUCGGUGGAACAUACUGGGGCUGACAAACGUGAGAUCCGCAUCGAUUUUUUGAGGAAAAUUCCUCAAAAUGGAACGCUAACGAUAAUCGCGUCGGAUUCAAAGGGCUCCAAAACGGAAGUUUUCGACUCCAAAAGUCCAACCUGCCGAGCCAGCUACAAAUAUUCGAGGCUGUUGAUGAAUUACGAUUGGACGUGCGACUCGAUAUAUGGUUGUGGGCCCGACUUGCUAUUACAAUAUUCACCCGGAGAUACUUAUACCACUGGUGGCGUCGGAACUGAUUUGCCAAAGAUCGCAAUCGUUUUAUUCAUUUUGUUGCAUGGAUUUGUUAUU